UUUUGGACACUUGCAGAGACUUGCAGUUGGCAGGUCGGUGGAAAUUUCGAAUAGCGUUCGCUGUGGAGUAUUUAGAUCAGCAGAGAAGAAGAACUUUAGGCAGUUGAAUGUGAGAGAGGGAGAGGAAGAGAGAGAGAGAGAGAGAGAAGAAGACGAUGGCGAGGAGAAACCUUUUUGUAAGUAUAGGGAUGGAGCCUGAUCUGGUUAACAAAUCUUGCUCGCUAGCCAGAAAAGCUCAGUCUACACCUAACCGAUCUUACCUUUUCGAUAAUACUUCGCGUUACGCUAUCUUCGCAUUCCGUGGGUCUGCUACCAUCCAUGAAUGGUACGCAGGCACUGGCAAACCUUUUGGGAAUACAUCUGUUGACUUGAAACUCUUCCGUUGCCUCAAAAGCAUCGGCAACGAUGAAGUUGCAGGUGUUAAUUUCAAAUUCUUCGAACAAUUCCGGGGUCUUAUAAAGGAAGAUUAUCGGCUUAGUGAUCCCUUUGAAGAUCUACUAAAAGAUCCUCAGCUCGGCAAAGAGGUGCGUCAAGCUGUGAGUCAAAAGAAGAAAGUAGUAUUUACUGGAUUCUCCUCUGGAGGUCCCAUCGCCAUAUUAGCUACCAUACUGUUUCUCCAACAAAAUCUUGGUCCUGCUUCGUUGUCUCCCCUCACGUGUGUGACGUUUGGAUCACCCCUAGUUGGCAAUCAGAUAUUUGGCCAUGCCCUUCGGCGAGAAAACUGGGCACAGUACUUUGUACAUUUUGUCAUGAAAUAUGACAUUAUCCCUCGGAUCUUACUCUCUCCUCUCUCUUCCAUCAAAGGAAACCUGCAUACCGUUCUCCCCUCUUUCAACUCAAACCAGCUAGAACCCAUUGCUAUAUCUCAAGAUGCAUCGUCGUCCUUCUAUGACAUCAUGAGAAAUGCAUCGGCUCUUGCCAGCCACACCGCCUGCAACUACAUGGGGUGCACGAAUUCAUUGUUGCAAACAAUUUCUAGCUUCAUCGAGCUUAGCCCUUACAGGCCUUUCGGAACCUAUGUGUUCUGCACGGGAAGGGGAAAAAUGUUCACCAUCAAGAACCCAGAUGCCAUUCUUCAAUUGUUGUUUUAUAGUCUUCAAUUGGACAAUCGAGAGGCAGUCACGAACAUUGCUUGUAGAAGUUUCAAGGACCAUCUGCAAUACGAGUUCGAAAUCUCAGGCAACACGGGGAAUGAAGAUGUGAUUGAUCUAGAGCAUCUUCUACUGCAACUUCCCCUGUCUUCGACAGGUACUAAUAACGCUGAGAUGGGAUCAAUCCAAACGGUCAUCAAUGAACUCGGACUGAGCACAAGAGCCAUGUUGUGCCUCACUGCAGCUAGAGAGUCAGAGGAACAGAAACAGAGAAACCAAAAGAAGAUUGACGGCAACCGCGACAAGAUUGAAAAGGAGCUGGAGGCACUUCAAAAUUACAGGAUCAAAUGUGAGGGGCGCAGGGUGGGUUACUACGAUGCUUUCAAGCUGCAACAGGCAGAAGAGGACUUCAAGGCCAAUGUGACAAGGCUAGAGCUAGCAGGGAUUUGGGAUGAGAUCAUCGAGAUGCUGAAAAGGUAUGAAUUGCCUGAUAGUUUUGAGGGGCGGAAGGAUUGGGUGGACUUAGGGACCAAGUUCCGGCGCCUAAUGGAGCCUCUGGACAUCGCCAACUACUAUCGACAUUCUAAAGAUGAAGAUACUGGAGCUUACAUGCGACCAGACGAGGGGAGACAACCAAGGCCGAAGCGUUACAGAUUCACACAAAAAUGGCUAGAGUAUGCUGAUUGUAAGCCUGCGGGUUUCUACUUAGAAUCUUGUUUCUGGGCUGAGGUGGAAGACCUUCGUAUUCAUACAAGCGAUCAGAACAACAGAGUGCCGAGGCUGAAAGAAAAUGUAUUGCGAUGGGUUCAAGAUAGGCUGAUAAGAAGGGAUGUGUUCUUCAAGGAAACCACCUUUGUCAAGUGGUGGGAGAAACUCCCUCGGGGGCUUCGCGAUGGGGUUGAAAUUGCUGCAUAUGUGAGCGAAGAGGGAAUGCAUCUCCCUUCUUGUGCAGAUUAGAUUCACGGAGAGCUAUGAACAGAUUUGGUAGUAGGUUUAUUAAGUUUUUGCUAUCUAUCUAUCUUUCUUUAUGUCCAACCUGUAAUCUGUCUCUGUUUUCGAUAAUUAGAUGCAAUCUGUGCCUUUUGAAUGUAAGAAAUCAUGUAACUUCUAUUAUGUAAUGUUAGUGUUUUUGUAUUGGAAACUAUGUAUUUUCUAUUA